AUGGGGUAUAAAGGUACAGAAGAUACAUUUGAUUCUGCUAUUGAAAGCGGAAAUCUUGAAGUAAUUAAAUAUUUUCAUGAAUUGGGGUAUAAAGGUACGGAAUAUGCUUUUAAUUGUGCUUUUGAAAAAGCUGCUAAAAAUGGCAACCUUGAAAUGUUAAAAUAUUUACAUGAAUUAGGGUAUAAAGCUUCAAAAUAUGAAUUUGAUUGUGUUGUUAAAAGCGGAAAUCUUGAAGUAAUUAAAUAUUUACAUGAAUUAGGAUAUAAAGGUGCAGAAGAUACAUUUAAUUCUGCUGUUGAAAGCGGAAAUCUUGAAGUAAUUAAAUAUUUUCAUGAAUUGGGGUAUAAAGGUACGGAAUAUGCUUUUAAUUGUGCAGUAAUUGAAAGUGUAAAUCUUGAAGUAAUUAAAUAUUUACAUGAAUUAGGGUAUAAAGGUGCAGAAUGGGCAAAUAAUUUAGCUGUUAAAAAAGGAUAUAUUUUAUAA